AUGACACAAGAUGACGAGCCUGAUUCAUCUUUGAAGCACCACAUUUUGUGUAGCUUCUUUGAAAUUGUGAUGCCAAAUCGAGGCAUUUGUCUGAGGCUGGCCCUCCAAGCAUGUUGAUAUUAAUUUGUAAAAAGAAAGAUACCUGCUACAUUUCCCCUGCACAGUCAAGUGACUUGGUCCAAACUUUAAGCUUCAUCUAUUCCAGAAAAUGUGAGACAAGAAAAUUUAAUUAUUUUAAGUGCUGGUUGGCUGUAUGAUUUUGCCAUCAGACUAUGGAACUAGGAACACUCAAAAUUCCUGGACCUAAAAGGGGUAACAUUUUUUGCAAGAAUAUACCCAGCAGAAAUGUGGAGCUCAAAGACCAUUAUUUUUUUGUAUUUUAGCUGUGGAACCCUUUGAUAGCUCAAACCUUUUGUCAGGGCAAUGGUUACUCCUCAACAAGUAGAUAAGAUCCAUCGAGCAAUACGUUUUGCUUGUUCUUGCUAUCCUUCCAUUCAGUUUUAGUUGGAACUUCUACGUAUUUCACCUUGGCAUAGCCAUGAACACCAUUUUUUUAGUUCACUUGUAAAUCAACAGCUAGGCCGCUGAGCGUGCGUGUGGAAACGAGGUUGAUUGAUGGUCCAUUGCCCAUGUAACCUCACUUCCAAGUCAAUAUACCAUUGAAUCAAUGGUAUAUUUGCUUGCACCUUCCAAAUUUGGUCAACUCCCGUUGGUAAUGAAGAAUUAGCCAGGGCCUUUUAACCACUCAGAAACAGUGAAAUAUUUUGAAUAAGCAAUAAAGCACAUUAACUGCUGAACCAUCCUCGUGGUUAAUUUUGUGGUCAACAUUUUUUCUUGUACAGAAUUAUCCUCAAAUUGUGGCUGCCAGUGCACUCAACCUUGGUAAGAGAGCCAUGUUGUAAGAGUUACCAGCAAAUCCUUUUCCAAAAUUAAACUACAAUGGAACCUUGAUAUUAUGAACCUCUGUGUGCUGAGUCCUCAGUAUAACAAACGAUUUUUGCUACCCCAGUAAUAGUAAAAUGUAUGGAAAAGAACCUCAACGAAACCUCAUUAAAGUAAACACAUUUUUGCCAGUCCCUUGGCCCUUCGUUUUAUCGAGGUUCCACUGUAAUAUAUUCUGUAUGAUCAGAAUAAAUAAAACUAUUUACAGACCAUACAACUAGUGAGUGGUAGAAUGAUGAAACCUAUAGACUAGAGUCUCUGAAUGACGGGUUCUUGAAGAGAGUUUCAAAUUACUGAACUACCACAUACAAAGAAACUUUAUUGAAAGAAUACUUGGAAAAACCUUAAUAUAGUUGUCUUUUGUUAUGUCUUUGUUCUUUUUCAGGUUUGGUUUUUUGGUUCCAUCUCUUCCAGAAUGGUAAGUUGAUAUUCUCAUAAAUCUUCGCUUUUUGGAUGAAAUCUGACUAGUAAUGUGGUAUUUUUGCCAACAACAAAAUGAUGAUAACAGAUUUAUGAAAUGACUAAUGCUGAAAUGCUGGUAUGGCUGAUAUUGGUAUUGUUGUUAGUGAUAUAUAUUUGGGUCUUCUGUGCUCAAGCAGUGCCUUGUGGCCCUUCAGGCACCUUACUCUUGCUCUUUGGUGACUAGAAAAUCUUAGUUUUUUCAUGGAGGUCAUGUCCAGGGCACCCUGGAUUUCACAGGUUUAGAGCACAGGGGUUUCAUUGAGUUUUCUUAGAGCUCAGCCUUGGUCUUGACUAGGAUGUAGACCUUCAAAAUUCUUUUCUUCAUCCUUGUUACAUAAUUGUUUAAAUAAAACAACAAAGAAAAGUAACGGAAAAUUAUGAAGCACUAUGUUAUUGACAAAUGGUUAGAUUUUAGAUCAGCACUGCUGUUACCCCCUGUUUUAAAAUACCCUUCACAUGUCCACUUUGUUUUCAACCCUUACUAGCAAGUCAGUUGAAUGCAUUUUUUUUGAACCUAUAGUUUAGUUUCUUUAAUAACUCACUGUAAUGAAGUAUGAAAUUAACUAAGUCAACAAUGCAAACCAAAGGUCAAGUCAUAAGUGAUGAAGAGUGACAAAAACUUUUCUGACAGUGAGUGUAACAAGUUGCACUUUGAACACAUUCCUCAAUUUCUGACAUGACUUGCCAGCUACAAGUCAAGACAAAUCUUUCUAUUUUGUGGAGGCAAUUUUCUAAGUUAUUAUUUCACUGUUUCAGGAGGUUUUAUCUCUCCAAGAUGGUUUCCACCAAGCUUUCAGGGGAUGAUGGUAAAUAAGAACAUAAUAUUAUUUUCUUCCCAGCAGUUGAGUUAUGAAGUUCCAAAUUUUUUGUAAUUCUUUUACCCUUAUUGUGUUGGUCCUGAGGAGGAUGCAACCUAACCUAGUAGUAAGAAACUUGAUUAUGGCAGUCUGGGUCAGGUUCCAAAAUUUGGAAAUACAGAAGCAUGUCAUAGGCCGUAGACUUGCUCCCAGAGCCUGUUGUUUCUCACGGUCAUGUAAUCUUGAAAACAAGUGCUUUCAAAAAUUUAUUACACUUGUAAAAAUGUGGCUCUGUCAAACAAACCUCCCUAGUAGAUGCUUUGUGGUUUUUUCAAAUUUUAACUGGGACUAGUAGGUGAAACUCUGUCAACAUGUCUAGAAAGAAUGCCUUAAAAUCUGUUAAGUUUCUAAUUUUGAAAGGGAUUUGUGAAGAUAAAGUUUGCAAAGUCAUGGAAUUUAACAGGUUUGUAUGGUGGGGGACAAGUUUGUACCCUUCCCCCCACACCAUAAAAACAUCUGUAUUUGGACAAAUCAUUUUUUAACUUGAUAAGUUACCUUAUUUUACGACACUCUUUCCAGCACUGUUGAUGGAUAUUCACUUGACGGAUAUUAACUGCUAUUAUUUUAUUAAAAGUUGAAAAAAAAAACAUGGAAGCGUAUGUGAAACUUUUACUUAAAAGCUUGCUGAAUUGUACAGACUUCUCCACUUUAUUGACAUUUAUCUGCCGCCUCACUUCCAAUGUUAAACGCUCUGAAAACAUGCCUACUUAUGCCCAAUUAAUGCUAGUACUGUAGGUCUAAGCUCCUUCUGAAGAAAUCUUAGUAAUGAGAGUAGGUAAAGUCACCAGUGAUGAAAAACUUCUGACACCUCUUGUAUGAGUGUGGCAUGAGUUGCACAUUGAACGCAUUUUUAGUAUUCUGAAGUGACUUGCCAGCUACACAUCAAUGCAAAUGUUCUGUUUCGGGGAAGCAGUGCUCUUAGUAAUUUAUCGUGGUAUCAUUUUAGGUGGUUGCACCAAGAAGUUUUCCACUGAGGUUUAACAGAACAGGAGUGAGUACAAGAGAGUUUGUUCAGAGUAGUUAAGUUUGAAAUUCCAUGGUUCUGCAAUUCUUUCACUUCUUUAGGCAGUUUUCACUGUCAGGCCACUAAAAAUAAUCUAAACCAUUCCAUGCAUAAAGACGGAAUUUAAGGAAUAAAAAAAUAUUUUAAUGCAAAGAGCCUCGCUGAUAUUAAGGUCAGGGUGAGCUUGGCUAGUCACCAGUGAUGAAAAUAUCUGACACCUCUUGUAUGAGUGUGGCAGCAGUUGCACAUUGAACGCAUCCUUGAUAUUCUGAUGUGAUUUGCCAAUACAAAUGCCUUCAUAUAUUGCUGUUGUAAGGAAGCAAUUUCUUAUGUUGCCUUUUGUUGUCUUCGUUUCAGGUUGUACUUCAAGAUAGUUUCCAGGGAGAUGUAAUUACAAUGGUUAGUUCCAUUUAUCAGUAGAUUGUGCCUUCUUGCAAUGAGUCUUUUUAAGAAAGCUUUUAAUUUGUAAUUUUAUAUUCUUAUUACUAUUAUUGUUUCUGCCAUCUGGCCUUAGAAACUGUAUGAACAUCGACUCUUUUGAAGUACAGUUGAAGACUUGUCUUUUUAAGAAAGCUUUUAAUUUGUAAUUUUAUAUUCUUAUUACUAUUAUUAUUUCUGUCCAUUUACUGUAUAUAUAUAUAUAUAUAUAUAUUUAUUUAUUUUCUUGUACAUAUUGUAAAGUGCUUUAGAAUAUUUUAAUAGUUAAAGCGCUAUAUUAAAUGUAAUAAAUUAUUAUUAUUAUUAUUAGUUUGGAGGUGAUUGAAAAGAGCAAGGAGCAGGCCACUUAAGUGUAUCUAUAAAUAUACGAUGUAUACAUUAAUUAAAACUAUAAAAGAAUUCUCAAAUCCGAUUGGCUAUCAACCGUCCUGAUUUCAGCACUAAUAGGACAAGGUAAUAAAGAGGUGACUGUUGAAAAAAGGUUUCAGCAAGAGUCAAUGUGUGGAUUAUUUGUCUGUCUGAACAAAUAAAGUUGGCUGUUGUAGAGAGGUUGCUAUUAGUGAAGGCUCACUGUAGCACUUGAUCUUAAUUUGUGAAUGUGGAGAGAUAAUGAUGAGAAAUUUAUCAGUUAUCCCUGUCAUAGCUAUGAUGCUGAGAUGACACGUCAGGCUGAUUCUCUCCAGUAAGACCAAACUUAAAUUGUGACUUAAAACUGAAUUGCUUUGUCCACUGAUGACUGAUAUAAUUAUUAUCUCUUACAGUAACUGGUUUAAACUCCAGUGUCAUCAUUUCUCUGGAGAUUCUCCGAAGAAGCGUAAGGUUAGUUAAUUUUUUUAACUAUCGUGGUACUGGCAGCUUUGUCAAUAUGCUAGACAAUGAUCAACUGAUGUGGUGUGAUGAGUGAAAUCUUUUUUCCCCAUCUUAUCGACAAUGACGAUAAACCCUCUGUCACUAUGUGACCAAGCCAAACCUCUCUGACUUCAUCAGUUUGUUUUGUACUGCUAAUUUGAUGACUACUGUGAUCUUCCUGGAUAAAUUUUAAAUUUGUUCUUGUGUAUUUCAAAGCUGUGCAGGUUCACUGUGGAAGACGCUGACUGCAGCCAGGGCUUACAGUGUAGUUUGGUAAGAUUCUUGAUGUAGAUAUAACAUGGUGAUUUUGCACUGUAGUUUUGACCAGGCUGUAAAAUAUAAAGAAAAACGGGAACUGUAAAACUGAUAGGUGGGAAUCAAAUGUUUGUGCCAUGCAAGAUUUUAUCUCCUUCGAGUGCAUAUGAGACAAUUUUUUUUAAUUUUUUUUCUUAGAUAAGUUUCAUUAACAACUCAGAAAUUUUAAAAUGUGUCUCCCAAAAACUUUCUUAAAUUUUGGCUGUUCAGAAACUGCCUUUCGCCUUCAGAACUGUCUCUGAGACUGAGCAUGUGUAAAGGAUCAAAGAUUUAUUCAUUUAAUGCCAGUUGAUUUGCUCAGCCUUCACUUCUGAUUCUGCUGCCAUUUUGUAAAUUAUUGUACAUUCUUGCAAAUCAUUCUACACUGUACCUGUCAAUUCGGCUGGUGGUAGGGCAGACAGUUGUGAAGGCAUAUUUGCUUGUUUUGAAGAGAAUAAAAGUGGUUUUUAAAGAUUUUUGACAAGUUCAAUUUUGGAUACAUAUUUUACACAUAUUUUUAAGAAUUAUAAACGAUCCAGAAAAAAUUUGUGUCAUAUACACUUAACACCUCACACCUCACCUAUCCCACCUAUCCUCUCUCUUCUAUCUCAGUCAGCUGCAAUGGUCUUCACAUCCUCCCUCGAUUGCCAUCCUGCUUCUGCCCUUUCCUGUUACAAUGCUGAGCCCUGAAAUGUUUCCAUUGGGAUAAAGUUAUCAACUUCUUAAAAGGUUUUGAUUCACGUCUGGUCUCCUUGUCCAAUCGCAUUGCACAAAGACAACGGGCAGUGUCAUGCAAUUUGAAAGAAACAAGUGGAAGCCUUUUUUGGAAAGAAAAAAAGGAAAAUUAUUUGUUUUCUAACCAGUGUGAUGAUUAUUAGCCAAAUUCGCAGUUUCCACCAGAAAGAUGAUUGUAUCUUGCUGAUGGCUUAAUUCCUUGGAUGUCUGACUGGUUGUUGUCUUUAACUAAAUAGUUUAAUCUUGACUCUCUUUCUUAUCCUUACAAAGGUGUGUCUUGUUUUUGCCAGGUUUAUUUGACAUACAUUUAUAGACUGGUGAAGGUAUGCAGAACUCCAGUUGAGGUCAAUGUAAGUAAGUCUGUUUUAAAAUGUAAAGGACUGUGUAAAGGCCAGUGUGAUGAAUAUCAGCCAUAUUCGCAGUUUCCACCAGAAAGAUAAUUGCAUCUUGCUGAUGGCUUAAUUCCUUGGAUGUCUGACUGGUUCUACUCUUAAAACAACAGCAGUUAGUAAGUUAACUGUGUUUCCUCAAAACCUCUUUGUUUCUUUUCUAGGUUUCAUCUUGGCCAGUUGACAAGCAAUGUUGUAGAAAUAGAGAGAGCUCACCAAAGUAAGUUUAUCUUUGAAAUAUUACAAUUUACCUGCUGUGUUUGGAGUUUAUUUUUUAAGCCAGAGUGAUGAUUAUCAGCCAUAUUCGCAGUUUCCACCAGAAAGAUAAUUGCAUCUUGCUGAUGGCUUUAUUCCUUGGAUGUCUGACUGGUUGCAGAAGAAUGAAUUAAAGUACUUUGCAUAGUUAAUGUAUUUAUACAGGUCAAACUUAUUUUUGGCAGAACCUAAGGCUUCAGCGCAACAUAUCAAACGUAAGUUGGUAAGUUUUGUUGAUCAGUGCCACUGCUUGACACAGUCAGCUUUUUUGGAUGCUUGUUUGUGUUGUUUUUUUGUUUGUUUGUUUGUUCGUUUUUUUGCGCCUGUGUGUAUAGUACAGGCGUAUGCCUGCCUUUUGGUGCUUUCUAGUUUACUAACUGGAAGGAGGCAUAAGUCAAUACUAAUAUGUUAUUUCUCGAAAAUGAAGAAGAAAUCAGUCGAAAAAUUACAUAACAGUGCUUGUCAUGUCAAAACAAUUCAGUCUGCCAAAAAUUAACUUAAUCCUGCAAAAACUGAAAAAAGGGGCCUAAAAACUACUUGCACCCUUUUGCAGGAAGCCCCUUCAAUAUUUCAUGUCUUCCUACACAAAGGACCAUUGCCCCUUUGGAGGAAAAAAAUUCUUUACAUAAUAAUAUGCAUUUGUUGGUUUAUUAUAGGAUUCCUGGAAAACUGCCCCACCACCCCUCCCUUAUGGUGACAUUUUCUCUUGACUGGAAAGUUUGUGUUGAAGUUAGGUUAAGGGAGGGGUGGGUUGGGAGUUUCCCCUGAAUUUUAUACUGACUUGGAUACAUUAUGCCAUAUAAUAAUGCAAGAAGUAGAUUAUUACUUUACGUGGCUUGUGUUUGAUGUUCAGCCUAUUGUGUGGAGUGAUGUACAUCUUUUUUCCCCGUCAUAUCGACAAUGAUGAUAUCCGUUUGUCACUUAGUGACAAGCCAGAACUGUCUGACCACACAAUGACAUUGCCUGUUUCAUAGUUAUUUUCUAAAAUGUGCAGGACCCUAGAUACCGUGGGUUCCAUUGGCAGUGUUUAGUGGGAAGGGGUUUCAUGGCCUGUACAGACAUCGCCUCCCUAAGAAAAAUCGGAAAAAAAUUUAAGUCUCUCCCCCCGAUUUUGUAUAAGUAAUAAGGCAUCUGUACACCAGCUAGGAAUUCGUGGAAAAAUCUAAAACUUGGUUUUAUCAAAUUUUUAGUAAAUGCAGUAGUGUCAAAUUAAUCAUUCAUACCUUUUGUUAUAUUUGCAGGUUGAACAUUGAAAUGAACAAGAAGAUUCGUAGGCUUUGACACAAAAUAAGUUGUAUUGAAAUAAUUAAGGAUCCAUUAAAACAAAAGUACUGCAGUAAUUUCUGUUCUGUUUUUUUAGGGGUGGUGGGGUGUAUGGAGGAAGUCCUCAGAGCAAGCCAGUGAAAUUUAAGUCUGGCAUAUACAGUAUUUUCAAGGACUCACUAGACUCGUUGAUGCAGUGCUUAUGAACUUGAUUUUCUUAAUGAAUCUAGAUGCAUUGGCCUGUAGCCUGAGAGAACAGCGGACAUUACGCUACGCCACGACUGAUUCCCCCCCCCCACCCAUCCCCCAUUCGGGGGUAAAUACACUCUUUUCUUUUUAUAAGAAGGUUGCUUUUCCGGCCCAGGCUGAAUAUUCUAAUUUUUCUGCCGAUUUUAGGCUGAAAAUAUUCUUGUAUUCUUUUAAACAUUUUCGUUGUAGAAUGUAUUGGGGUAAAAACUGAAGUUAAUGCACUUUUUUUUUUUUUUUUUUUUUGGUUUUUGGCAAGACACAAAAUUAUAUCCUUUUCAAAAUCUCGGCCUUGGGUUUAUUUUUAUCAUAUUGUUACAACAGCGCAAAGUUUCAACCUCGAUUUUCUUAUAGAAUAUCUUGUUGUUCAUAUAAAAAAAAGAGUGUAUUGUGGCACAUUUAAAUUAGGCUCGAUUACAAGCCGCUGUUCGAGAAAUGAGCCCGCGCUGCAUUCUGUUGGAUUUAAACUUUUUGAGAUACGUACUUCCUCGAAUAAUAGCUGGGGCGAUUAUUUCAAAUAUUGCUCACUGGGAGCUGUGCCCUAAACUUUUUGUUUUAUUAUCAUAUCAAAUAAACUGGACAUGGGCCUUUUAUUAGUGUUCCAAAUUUGGUUCCCUGAUUGAUUUUCAGAGCUUUGAAUCGUCAAGGGACGGCUAUUAUUCGAAGAAAUACGGUACUUUUACACAAAUGUUGUGUCGGUUCUGUUUCCUCCGCCGCGGUGGAUUAUAUGAGAUCUAAUAUGUUUCACACUUCUCUCCGGUGACUAAUCGGGAAACAUAAUUGUUUGCCGGUCGUUGAUGGUUAUAAUAUCGAUAAAUGAAUUUAGGGUAUUUCAAGUUUAUCUUUUUGUGCUUUUCUCCUAUCUGUUACCGAAGUCCGUUUAAACAAAUAGAUCCCACUUUUCUCCCAAAAUUUGUUCUUAAAACAUUCUUUGGGCUGUAAACGAGCUUGGCAACGUUUCCUCCUUUUUAAAGUUUGAAGGGAAGUGUCUUGUAUUAAUGGAGAUUAACUUUAACGGUCGACAAAUGAACGUGACGUGACGUGAGGGCAUUAAUUACACCGAUACCUCCUUUUCGCAUUGCGUUAUAUCGAGGCCAUAACUCCCCAAAAGAAUAAUUUACAAAUGUAUUUUCUUGGAUGCUUAAAAGGUACUCAAAAAAAAGAAAAAUCUGGAAAAAUUUUAUUUUCAAUGGUCACGUAACAAUGGGCGGAUCGCGUCCGUCAACUGUAAAUAAUUGCCAUAGAGAGUGUCAAAGGGGUUAAUUUUCCAUAGAAUCAUUAUGCCUCACCACGGAUAGUUAACAGAAUAACGUACUUAAAACUUUCCAAAAUGAAAACACAGAUCGACCCUUUUAAGAGCAAUAUUUUUAUAUUUGUCCUAGUAUCGAAGCUAAUAAUCCAUAGCAGAUUUAAACUUUUCCUCUUCAGAAUACGUGUUGUGCAUGUAAUGACGGCCCUUACAAAGAUUAAUCAAUUAAUUUUGUAGCCCACUUUUGUACACUUUAGCGAAGAGGGUGCGGCAGCAUUACCGGAAGUAACUUUUUUCUGCGUGGGAAUAAACCAAAGAUUUAUUGCCGCGGUUGUUGUGAAGGCGUUAAUGACAGGAAACUUGGGAUUAUUUAAAGAAACUUUAACGCAAUUUACAUUUUCACCGGACAUGGACCAAUAUUUACCCCAAUAAGCAGUGGGUGUUGGUUACUGGUACAAAACUAUUUAAGAUUUGAAACUUACAACGGCACUUAGCAUAAAUACGAAUGCUUACCUUCAUACCGAUAGCUACGAUCGGUGAAAGAAGUCCAGCGAUGUGAUGAUAGUUGCGAUUAUGUAUGAAGACAUUGAAGAAUAGAAAAUAGGCUACCUCGCCGUAUCGCUUCGCCCAGUGUCACACUGCAAGAUCAUGAUUUUUUUUUUUUUACAGCGACCAUACGUGACUCCGUCAAGGGGAUCCCAUAUGAGAUGGACGGGGAAGGUUGUUGUCCCUCCGUUAGGGGUGUUAAUUGCAGAUUUUGGUUUCAUUUAGGGUGAAGAGGGCGAACAGCCAAUAAAGGUAUAGCAAAGGGCUUUGCCUAAAUAUCAAACUGUGUUGGAUUAUGGUCUCCUCCAGUGGUCUAAUUCUAUUCUAUUCCGACAAGCAUUACCAACCCUCCGCCCUCACCAACUUACCGCGACACUAAAGGUCGUUCUGCCAUAUCUGUAACGGGGGCCGACAUACUUCACACUAGAAUCCUGAUUUUUGGAACCCUCUUUUCUUUAAUCUUCCGGAUAAUUCAAUUCCAACCUGGCUUUCUUUCCUUAGUAAAUCGCUGUAAAUUUACUGCUACCCCAGAUUUUUCUAACCUCCCGAUCAUGUUAAACCAAUUUCUUUUUUCCCACCGCGUGGUUAGAAAAAUCCGGCGGGGUUUCAUCGUAUUCCAUGAUAAGGUAACAUACGGUUCAAAUCCCUUAUACAAAGACUUUUAGCCGCAACCAGUCUGUUUCUUGAAACAACUAAUCGCACGUUUCUUCGAGUAUCGUUUUCGGGUGGUCGAAGUUCCGUUAUAUGAGCCAACGUAAAUAUUGUUUAAUAUUGUUUUUACGGUGAAACCAUCCGCCUCAGGGUGAAAUAGUCUUUAGCGGCCUGUUUGAAAAAUAAGUGGAUCACAAGUUUUUAACACAGCAGUCUGCGGUAGAAGUUUGCAACUUGUUUAUCCCUCUCAAUGUUUCGCAAAACUUAAUCUAAGAAUCACGGAAUGUCAGUGUGUUGCGGUUUUUAAUUCAUUCUGUUUAGGAAAAUCCCAACGAAAAUUGUUAUUUAAUGAGUUGUUCCCUUUGAACUACAGGUUGUUCGUCGCAUUGCAAAAAUGAAGGCCGGCAUAUUUUUCUGA